AUGGACGCCUCCUCCCUCCGCAUCUCCAAGUUCGAUGGAACUAACUUCCACGCCUGGAAGUUCAAGAUGCAGAUGGUGCUGGAGGAACGGGACCUAUGGGAGGUCGUCAGCGGUGAGAUCAAGGCGGAACAGUGCGAGACUCAGUUGGACCAAGCGACGUACAAGAGGAAGUCAAGAAAGGCGAUGGCAGUGAUCUGUCUAGCCAUGGAAGAUUCCCAGCUACCGUUGGUCCGGUCGGCAAGUGGUGCAUGCGACGCAUGGUCAAGGUUGGAAGACCACUUCGAGAAGAAGAGUCUUGCCAACAAGCUGUUCUUGCGCCGUCGCUUCUUCACGACAAUGAUGGAAGAAGGCGACGAUGUGCUAGAACACAUCAACAAGCUCAAGACGCUGGCGGAACAGCUAGAAGCGGUGGGGGCUCCAGUCUGCGAGGACGAUCUGGUGAUCACACUCCUCGGCAGCCUGAGUGACUCGUAUCAAUUCUUGAUCACAGCUUUGGAGUCGCGCUCAGACACUCUUAGCUGGGAGCUCGUGACGUCUCGACUGCUUCAUGAAGAAAUGAAGCGGAAGGAGCAAGGAAGUAAAGGUGAUGAAGCUUCGCAAGGUCAAGCGUUCAUCACAAGGGACAAUCAGCGCAAAGGGCGACCAGUGAAGAAGUCCUGGCCGUGCCACAAUUGCGGAAAGAUUGGUCACUGGAUGGCGGAGUGUCCCUCGCGCAUCCAAGAAAACACGGAGAGACACCGGCCACAGCGUGCUCAAGACAGCGGCGACCGCUAUCGAUCACAACGUGCAAACGUCGCUCAAGAAGAAGACUCGGGCGACUACCUCUUUUCGAUCGGUGAAACGACAUCUGCGAAAUCGAGCGACAUCUGGCUGGUCGACUCCGGGGCGACGCAGCACAUGACGUGCUCCAAGAAGUUCAUGCGGAACUACAAGGGGUUUGACGCUGUGGAUGUCCAUCUCGCGGAUGAUGGAAUCGUCCAAGCAAUCGGCAGUGGGGACAUUGUCAUGUCGAUGAAGACACCCCAAGGGAUGAAGAAAGGUGUGCUCACAAACGUGUGGCACAUCCCAAAGUUAUCCAGAAACCUGUUCUCGGUCGGCCGCUUCACCAAGGAUGUCGGCCCAGUGACGUUCACGAAGGAUGGGUGCUAUGGAAAAGCGAAAGGGACCAAGUGGAAAAUUGGCGCCCGUGAAGGUAAAGAACUGUUCAAGCUGCAAAUGACUCCAGUGGCGCCGGAACAAGCAAAUGCAGCCAAGUCGUCGGGAUGUCAAGGGGGCACCAAGUCGUACCUCUGGCACCUUCGGCUUGGCCACAUAGGUCAUGAUGGACUCAAUUGCAUCGUGACGAAGAACAUUGGAAUUGGCAUCGACAUAUCUUCGGUGAAGAAGUGGGACGUGUGUGAAGGUUGUGCUCUGGGAAAACAGACUCGAGUGCGCUUCCAAUCAAACACUACAGCUCGCACCUCCAAACUCCUCGAAGUGAUUCACAGCGACGUAUGCGGACCGAUGUCGAUGGCAACUUUCAGUGGAAAACGGUACUUCGUGACAUUCAUCGAUGACAAGUCAAGAUACUGUGUCGUCUAUCUGCUCAAGAGCAAAUCUGAAGUUGCGGCGAAGUUCAUGGAAUACGCUGCGAUGGCCGAAACGCAAACCGGAAAGCGCGUGAAGUACCUUCAAAGCGACAAUGGGGGUGAAUACAAGUCCGACAAGCUGGCACGAUUCUGCGCGGAACGGGGAAUACAACAAAGGUUCAGACCCCCAUAUACUCCUCAGCUAAACGGAGUAGCUGAGAGAAUGAAUCGCACGCUGGUCGAGUGUGCGCGUUGCAUGAUGGAACACGCUGGACUGGGAAAGAGCUACUGGGGUGAAGCAGUGAUGACGGCGAUGUUUCUUCGAAACCGCUGUCCAACACGUGCCAUUCACCAAGACAAGUCUCCAUAUCAAGUGUGGACGAUGAAGAAACCGAUUCUGGCCAACCUUAAAGUGUUUGGAUGCCACGCGUAUGUUCAAGUGCCUCAAGACAAACGCGCGAAGUUCGACUCCAAGUCAUCACUCUGUCGUUUCCUGGGAUACGCCGAACACCAGAAGUCAUAUCGAUUUGAGGAAGUGUCAACAGGAGCGAUCAAGAUCAGUCGCGAUGCCACAUUCAUGGAAGACAAGUUUGAUGAAGGUCCGCGCAACUACAACGAUGAGUCAAGUGUCGUUGAGUUUGAUGAUCAUGAUGAGGACGAAGAAAAAGAAGAAGGUAAAACUGACGACGACAUGGACUCGAGCGACGAUGACAACGAAGACACCAGGUCUUCGAAGAGCAACAUCAAGAGACACACGCGCACUCAAUCACUUGAGAAAGCUACCGUCAUUCCAAGUCCCAAGCGAAGAACUGGGGAAACGCCGACUACAUUCAAGUCGGCGAUGGAAUCAAGCGACUCCGGCAAGUGGAAAGAAGCGUGUGACUCGGAGUUCGAUUCGCUUCAGAGAAACGACACGUGGGAAAUCGUGCCUCUUCCGAAAGGUCGCAAGGCCAUCGGGUGCCGAUGGGUUUUUCGUGUAAAGGAGAAUCAAGAUGGCGAAGUUGAACGUUUCAAGGCAAGACUUGUGGCCAAAGGAUUCUCACAGAAAUUCGGAGUUGACUAUGAAGAAACUUUCGCACCGGUGGCCAAGUUCACAUCGAUUCGUGUGGUGCUCAGUAUGGCGGCUAAGUACGGCCUAAUGCUACAUCAGAUGGACGUCAAGACAGCGUUUCUUAACGGCUCCCUCAACGAAGACAUCUACAUGGACCAGCCGGACGGAUACCUGGAUGCAACACAGCCGGACUAUGUGUGCAAGCUAAAGAGAUCACUCUACGGCUUGAAGCAAUCGCCUCGCAUGUGGAACCAAACAAUCGAUGGGUUCAUGAUCAAGAUGGGAUUCAAGAAGUGCGAAUCGGACCACUGCAUCUACAUCAAGCGAGACGACCAAGACAUGAUUCUCGUGGUGCUCUACGUCGAUGAUCUCAUCCUGGCCAGCAGCAACAACGAACUCCUCAAGUCAACCAAGAUGGCGCUGAGCAAACGCUUCGAAAUGACGGAUCUCGGUGAGCUCGAUUACUUUCUCGGCAUGGAGAUCAAGAACGACCGUAAGACGGGAAUGGUGACUGUACAACAAACCAAGUUUCUCAAGUCCGUGUUAACCAAGUUCGGAAUGGAUAACAGCAAGCCAGUGAAGACGCCUCAAGAUCCCGGCCUGAAGCUAACCAAGAACAUGUGUGAACAAGAAUGCAAGCACGAAGACACCAUGUGCAACGUGCCAUAUCGAAGUGCUGUCGGAGGCAUCAUGUAUCUCAUGGUCGCCACACGUCCGGAUCUAGCUGCUGCAGUGGGAUCAUUAUCCCAGUUCUCGUCCGACCCAUGCCCGACUCACUGGCAAGCUUUGAAGCGUGUGCUGAGAUACCUGCAAGCAACGCCCAAUCAUGGUCUUGAGUUUACACGUGAAGAAGGAAGCCGUAUCUGCGGGUACACCGACGCAGACUGGGCCGGCGACAUUGAGUCAAGACGAAGUACAAGCGGCUAUGUGUUCAUGAUGAGCGGAGGAUGCAUCAGCUGGAAAAGCCAGAAACAACGGACGGUCGCGCUAUCUUCAACAGAAGCAGAAUACAUGGCGCUUUCCGAAGCAACCAAAGAAGCAGUAUGGCUCAAAGUGCUUUUGGGGAACUUGGUGAGAUGA